AUGGCGAGCGCAAAGCAGCAGGAGAAUAUGCUCCUUACCGAGCACUUUACCUGGCCUCCGAUUUCCCUAAUCGACGACAUCAUCAACGCCGUUAACGAAGUCCUCUACCGCUGUACCGACUCCUUCGAAACCGGCCUCUCGUCCGCGGACCCAGCCCUACUCGGCUUCGCAGACCUCUAUGCCUCGCAAGGUCGCACACCGCAGAAAGACGAAGAAGGCAACAAUGUAUAUCCCGAGGCGCGACUGGAGAUUGAAGAAGGAGUCCUGAAACUCGAGACACUCAUGGAAAAUGCCGUAGACAAGAACUUUGACAAAUUGGAGAUUUGGACACUGAGAAACGUGUUUGCGCUUGGAAGAGGGAAAGGUGAAGACGAAGGACUGGGAGAUUGGGUUAGAUUGGGACAUUACGAGAACCUCCAACCCCCCUCCAAAGACAACGCCCUAACCCCUGAAUCCCUCUACACCCUCCGCCGCAAACUCCUCGAAACACGUACUUUGCACGCCGCCCUCGUCGCCGAAAAAACCCGCAACGAAGCCCAAAUCGCGCGCCUGAAAUCCCUCCUUCACCCCCCUUCUUCUUCUUCUUCUUCUUCUUCUUCUUCUUCUUCUUCCACAGGCCCCAAGCGCGAAACACGCAGCUCAACAACAACAGCCACAGAAACACCAAGCAACAACGACAACAACACGGCACCUUUCGCCUUCCUCUCCUCCACCCCCGCAGCACAAGCCCUCGGCAUCCAAACCACACCCCCAAUAAACGAAAAAGCCACCACUACUUCCCCACCACUAACCACACACACCACAUUCACAACAACCCAGCUUCCUUAUCUCCGCCAACUCGUUGCAUCGCUGAAACCCCAUCUCGCUUCUACCUCCUCCUCUUCCUCUUCCGCACCAACAGCAACAGAUGCACCACAAGACCGCAGCGCCCAGCGUAGACUCUACAUCGAAUCCCAGGCCAAGCGCGUGCUGGAGCGCAGGGGCGUGGAUACGACGGAUGGCGUCGAGGGCGCCUGGGAGGCUGGUGGCACCAGGGUUAGGGGCGACGAAGUUAGGGGGUUGGAGCGCUUGUUUCCCGCGAAGCCGAAGCCGGACGAGGCCGAGGCCCAGGGGGAUAAGAUGGAUUUGAGCUGA